AUGCCUGGCUUCACAGUCGCACACCUCCGCGCCGACAGUGACCGUAUGCCGAGGAGACAUACCCGCCCGCGCUACCCGCACCCGCCGCCUCCGCCACCACCGGGAGCGGCGGCGGCGGCGGUGUCUUGGGCCGGGAGGAUUCGGUUCUUGCCACCGAAGCGCGAAAUCACCGUCGACUGCUCGUCCAUUGCCCUCGACGAAGAAGGCUACGACCAUCCUGUUGUGAUACUGUCGUCCUCCAUCUCGCCUGAUGGGAAAGUCGAAGUGCUGACGGUGACAUCCUUCCAGAAGCAGGACCUCCAGGACCACUUCCGCGAGCCCCACAAGCGCCACCUCUGGGCAGACUACCUGCCCAUCCACCCGAGCAAGCCGCACCCGACGGAUGGACUGAUCCUGGAGCUUGCGCCGGGCUGCGAGCCCCUGAGGAAGAACUCGUACGUCAACAUCAGCCGUCGCUUGACCAUCCCCCUCGACGCCACGAGGCGCGCAGCGGUGCGGAUAUCCGAUUACCACUGGCGCGGUCGGCGUCCCAGCGCCGCCGCUGUCACCGCCCCUGAGUCCGACAGAGGAGGACAUGCUGGCGGUGAUCUACCGCGCGAGCGGCUUCCCGCCGCCGACACCCCGCCGGACAUCCGAGCCGUCGUCGUCGUCGCUACCCCGGACGCGACCCCCGGCAGUAGCGGCGAUGACGGAACCCCCGGCGUACAGCUACCUGAGCCGAAUCUCCGGGCAGCGCCAGCCGCAGCGCACGCCGAGGCCCAGCGCCAGCGCCAGCAGCCACCACCACCACGACCAGCGGUACUGCCCUUCCAGCCUGCCCGACGCGUACCCGAGCGACAGCCGCAACGCCAGGAGCAACGAGCGGACCAGCCUGCGCGGCAGCAGCAACAACGCUGCGCGGCUAAACUACGGCGCCAUGUCACGCCCCGUCUGGCCGCCGUCGCCAGCUCCUCCGAGGGGGCCUUCUGUGUGGGCCCGGCUCGGGCACUGUCUGCUGCGGGCGGUGGAGGGCACGGCGAUGUGGUUCUGGUGGAGGAAGGAGUACAUCCUCGCGUGGGCGGCGCUGAUGCUCGUGUUCUUCGGGACGGGGUGGUGCGUGGUCAAGGGCUGCCAGCUGGUCAAGGCCGGGUGGGAUUGGGUCGCGGCUGGAGUCUCUGGGGCGGCGGAGGGGGUUGUCAGGUGGAUCAAGGAUGUACUGGGGGGGAGACUGUAUGCUUCGCUCUAUGA